ACCAGCAUAACUCACGCGUAGUCAUCAGCGCGUGAUUUACACUUUCCAAAUCUCACAGAUCAUAGAACAGGCGCUUUUAAUUUUCUGAUUUUUCUCCUCCGACUUUGAGAAGAAGAAAAAAGAUAAUCAGAUCGAGAAAAUGUCCGGUGUGACUAUUGCUCACGCGAGUUCAUGGGGUGCGGCUCUGGUGAGGACUUCUCCGUAUACUUUUUCCGCCAUCGGAAUAGCCAUCUCCAUCGGCGUCUCCGUUCUCGGCGCUGCCUGGGGAAUUUACAUUACGGGAAGUAGUUUGAUCGGUGCCGCCAUAGAAGCUCCUCGUAUCACUUCGAAGAAUCUCAUCAGUGUAAUCUUUUGUGAAGCCGUAGCUAUAUAUGGUGUAAUUGUUGCAAUCAUACUACAAACAAAGUUGGAGAGUGUACCAUCAUCAAAGAUGUAUGAUGCUGAGUCUCUAAGAGCUGGAUAUGCAAUCUUUGCUUCUGGAAUCAUUGUUGGAUUCGCAAACCUCGUAUGCGGGUUAUGUGUAGGAAUCAUUGGAAGUAGUUGUGCAUUGUCUGACGCUCAGAACUCAACGCUUUUUGUGAAGAUUCUUGUGAUCGAGAUCUUUGGGAGUGCUCUCGGGUUAUUUGGAGUUAUCGUUGGGAUCAUUAUGUCAGCUCAAGCUACAUGGCCAACAAAAUAGAUUGUUAUGGUAACUUAUGAACUUUGUACUCAAUACCUGUUUAUGAUCAUCCUGCAGAUCUCUGUUUAUCUUCUUUGCUGUUAUAUUGGAUACUGCUUGUGUAGAAGAAAAGAAAAACCAUGUGUGACUAAGUUUCUAUUUUGAAUCCUAUUUUUUUGGUAAUGUUCAAACUUGGGAAUAAGUCACUUGGAGAAGUCUCUUCUCGUUUUGUAUUCUUUUGCUUUCUCUUAUGGCCAGAGAUAAGAGAUUGUAUAUGUUAUGUUGUUCAUCAUUUGAAUGAAGACAAGCUUUAAA